AUGGCACCGUAUUAUCCAGUGGACGAAAGCAGUGGCCGGAUUCCGUUAGAAAUUGUGCGGAAGGAGCAACCGCUGUCACCAGAAGAGAGGCUAUACUUGCUGGCCGUGGAGAAGGGUGACUUGCCGACUGUGAGGCAUUUCCUGGAAGAAGCUGAGAUAUACUUUACAAUAAAUAUAAACUGUGUGGACUCUCUUGGUCGCAGUGCACUAUUAAUAGCAAUACAGAACGAAAAUAUUGAAAUAAUAGAACUGCUGCUGUCCCACAAUGUUCAAAUCGGAGAUGCAUUGUUACACGCAAUAGACGAGGAGGUCGUGGAAGCCGUAGAUUUGAUUUUAAAGCACAAGCCAACAGGGAAAAAGGACAUCAGGGCACAAAUACUUCAUGAUCAGAAUGAAACGGACUUCACUCCUGACAUUACACCGGUCAUGCUUGCAGCGCACAAGAACAAUUACGAAAUAUUAAAAAUAUUGAUUGAACGUGGCUCUUCUAUUCCCAAACCACAUACUGUGAAAUGUGGCUGCAAUGACUGCAAAAGCAGCAUUAAGCACGACGGACUCAGGCACUCUCGAUCAAGAUUGAAUAUUUAUAAAGCAUUAACGAGCCCGUCGUUAAUUGCUCUGACAUGCGAUGAUCCCAUCCUGACUGCAUUUGAAUUAAGUGGCGAGUUACGGAGCCUGGCGCGUAUCGAAAAUGAAUUCAAGGCCGAUUAUGAAAAGCUAGUACACCAGUGUAAAAACUUUGCCGAGGAUUUAUUAGAUCAAACUAGGGGAUCAAAAGAACUGGGGACAAUACUUAACCGAGAUCAUACAUCGCCAACUGGAUACGAAGAACUGAGUCGGUUAAAUCUUGCUGUUAGAUACAGACAAAAAUCGUUUGUAGCACACCCAAACUGUCAGCAGUUACUGGCGGAACUAUGGUACCAGGGUCUUAAUGGCUGGAAACGUCACCCGUUAGGCGUCAAAGCAAUCAUUAUUAUAUGUAUAGCUCUGGUAUACCCUGCAAUUUCCUUGUUUUAUCUUAUUGUCCCGUGUAGUAAACUAGGCAGGUUGGCCCGUCUUCCAUUUAUCAAGUUUCUCAACCACUGUGCCUCAGAUAUGAUGUUCAUAGUAUUAUUGGUGUUGGCAUCGCAACAAAUGGAGUAUUAUAAAGAACGAAAAGAUUUAAGAGCGCCACCACCGUCAACAGUAGAGAAGUGCAUCAUGGUGUAUGUGAUAGGUUACAUUUGGGCGGAAAUAAAGCAAUUAUGGGACAAAGGCGUUCCUAAUUAUAUGAAAGAUUGGUGGAAUCUGUUAGAUUUCAUUAUAAACAGUAUGUAUAUAGCAACCUUUGGUUUAAGAUUGACAGCUCAUCUUAAGAUACAUGUAUGGCACGAUGGUCCAGAAAUUCUACCAAGGAAGGAGUGGGAUGCAUGGGAUCCAACACUAGUCGCAGAGGCUGUAUUUGCAGUGGCUAAUAUAUUCAGCACACUGCGUAUGUUCUACCUAUUCACGGCGAACGCGCAAUUGGGUCCGUUGCAGAUAUCAUUAGGUAGAAUGGUCGAAGAUAUCUGUAAGUUCCUGUGCAUUAUAGCUCUAGUGCUGGUCUCAUUUGCUGUUGGUCUUAAUCAGCUGUUUUUUUACUACAGUACAACGGAUGUGUUGAGUGCUGCCGGUGAAUGCAUCGGUGUUACCUGUCAAAAUCCUAAUAAUGCAUACAGCACGUUAUAUAACGCAGCUGAAACUUUGAUAUGGACGAUAUUUGGAUUAGUUGAUGUCAGCAACACCCAAGUGACUGGCGGCCACCACUCGUUUACAGACUGGAUUGGCGCCGUUAUGAUGUCAUGCUAUUGUAUUACCUCAAUUAUUGUCCUCAUUAAUAUGCUAAUUGCUAUGAUGAACGUGUCCUUCCAAAAAAUACAGAACAAGGCUGACGUGGAAUGGAAGUUUGCCAGAUCGAGGCUCUGGAUGAGUUACUUCGACGAAGGCGGCACAUUACCUGUACCACUGAAUAUAAUUCCAACACCCAAGACUCUGUAUUAUAUUUUUCUGUGGUUCAAAAAGAAAUGUUGUGGUCGUGUGGAGAGACUCAAACGAAGCGCUACGAAGACCACACGGCCUGGCGACCAGAAAAUACAGUCUGAACGACGUGAACGAGACAAAGAAUACCAGGACGUGAUGAGGAAACUAAUAAAACGAUAUAUCACUAAUAUGAAACGUGAGAACAAAGCCGAUGGGGUCAGUGAAGAUGAUCUGAAUGAGAUAAAACAAGACAUUUCAGCAUUUCGAUACGAAAUACUUUCAUUACUUAAUCAAAGACAGGCGGGAUACUGUGCAUGUGGCGGUGCUAAAAACACAGUGGAUGCAUCUAAAUCGUCGCGUUCCCUGUCUGCCAAUGCUGCCAAUGGACUGCCUCCCCAUCUGCAGCAAGGAUUCACUGGAUUUGGCAGCGGUCGUAAAGGAAAGAAAUACCAGUAUACAGGUCAGACAGACGUGAAAAGAAUCAAAAUUGCUCCAAUCAAAGAAGAAGAUUAUUCUAUGCCAGACUUUUUGAAAGUUAAAAAUGUGAAAACAGUAGUGAGCGCAGUGAAUGAAUUUCGUCGUCAGAGUAUGUCAUCUCAGAAAACAAGAUCUAGUUCUCUAUCAUCUACAGGCGUACCAUCGACACCAACCACUCCAAAAGCAUUAUGGCAGGGGAGGUUAAGCCAAACUACACUGUACGAAGAGGCCGAGCAACAUGGCCAAGAACCCGAGAACACAUCUAUUCACCCUUUGUCUGAAGACGAUAAUAGCAACAGUCGUCGAGAAAAAGUAUUUGCUCAACAUGAAGUUUGUGGACUACCAGUUACACCGGAUAGUCCACAAGGGUCGACAGGAGAAUCACAAAGUACAUCGGGGGUGGCUUCUCAAAAUGCAAGUUUUCAGUCCCAGGAAUCAAACGAAGAACUCGAUGAAGCGGCACAUUCGUUACAUCAGCUGUCAAAUCCCUCAGCGGGCAAUGAUGACAAUAUUUCUACUGUCAGCGGACUUGUACACAAGAAGUCACCCGAGAAAAAGAGCCCGAUACCAAUGAUGAAAAUGCCCGCUAAACGAUCAUCAUUUCUAUGGGGUGGUAGAAGCCCGGACGGCGAAGAUGUGACUACGCGUUAUAUGUACAAUGGACGUAUGCCUAAUAGCGAGCUAUGA